ACUACACAUAAAUAAUAUUGAAAAAGAAACCUAUGUAUAAAUGAUGGAGAGAAAACGAUCAUUUAAGAGACGUAAACAGCCUUUAUCAGAAAGAGCAAAAGAACAUUGCCGGAAAUUGACUGCUUUUCUGUUUAGCAAUGUAGGCAUAAUAUUACUAGUGGUUUUGUAUACAAUAGCAGGAUCAUUUAUGUUUAUUGCAAUUGAAGGACAACAAGCUAUUGAAAGAUGGCAAAAUAUAACCAGACAAAGAGUAUAUGUUGCCUCAAAGUUAUGGGAGAUUUCAUGUUGCGAAGAAAACACGUUCAAUAAAAGUCGGUUCACUAGUUUAGUAAGAAAAGAAAUUUAUCAAUACCAGGAGAGCAUAGUAAGAGCAGCAAGAAAAGGCUGGCAAGGCAUAGAUACUGGAACAGGUGGGGAAUCUAACAGUCCUUGGAGUUUUUCAGGAGCAUUUUUGUAUUCAUUGACUGUUAUUACUACUAUAGGUUAUGGAAACAUUUCACCGCGUACAGAAUUAGGCAAAAUCAGCACUAUCUUCUAUGCCAUUAUUGGUAUGCCGCUCUUUCUAUUGUAUUUGUCGUUGAUAGGAGAUAUACUUGCCAAGUCAUUCAAAUGGACCUAUGCAAAGUUUUGUCUUUGUCGAAUAUGUCCAGGUGUGGCAAGAAAAAGAGCAAUAAGAGAACGUAGUAAAAAGAAUAGCACAGAAGAGCCGGAGAACAAUUAUAGCAUUAGCGACAUAGACUUUAAUGAAAAUGAUCUUUACAACAACGAAAUAGAAAAUGAAAUAACAGGAGACACUCACACGGUAACAGUCCCUUUAACGGUGUGCAUCGCAAUCAUGAUUGGGUAUAUAAUAUUCGGUGCAAGUCUUUUUGCGCGAUGGGAAAAUUGGAAUCUCUUAGACGGCAGCUAUUUUUGCUUUAUUUCCUUAAGCAGCAUUGGUUUCGGAGACAUUGUUCCUGGUUUAUCUCUGAAAAACCCCGAAGAUAAAGAGAGACUGGUUGAUGUAAGCUUUAUAUUAUGUGCUGUCUACUUAUUGCUUGGAAUGGCUUUAAUUGCCAUGUGUUUUAGUUUAAUGCAGGAACAAGUUGUAUACAAACUAAGAUCGUUCAAAGCUUGUGUGAAAGGAUGCUUUCGUUGUCGAAGAUAAAUCUUAAAAUAGAAUAUUUGUUAUAAAAAAUUAUUGAAAAAUAACUUUAUGAAAUGUAUUGC